CAGGUGUGGUGAUUUAUGUGUGAUUUAAUUCCGUGAAUAAGUCUAAUCUUGUAGAUAGUGAUUGCAGUAAUUGUUAAAAAUAUUGUCGUUGUUGUGCACUAUUGUUAUCUGUUUGUCGAGAUUCAGCCGCACUUGUUUGAUAUUAGUGUCGCAUAAUCUGUUAACGUUUCAAUCGUUUGUUUCACUGCAAGUGUGAUUACGUCCGUAAAUUUUUAAAUAGAUGCUAGUGUGAAUGUUGAGAUUUAAAAUGAGCAAAUCCCCAAUAACAGUGCAACAAUGGGUCGAAUCACUGCCGCCACCUCACACCACAUCCAGUUUUUAUUCGUCCCCAUUGAGAAACACAAGGAGGUUUAUACCAAGAGAAAUCUCGCUACAAUCGGAUGAUGCCAGCAGCCACUGUUCCAGUGUGGAGUCUGUAUUGGAACUUCGGAAACCAGACCCAGAAGCGGUUUUGUUGGGUUUAGGAUUCGGUCCACCAAAAGGUACAAAUCUGGUAUCAAAAAUUCCAAGCAGGUUUCUCCAGCCCUCCAAGUUGUUGACGCAAAUUGAUAUUAAUAAAUUUUUGGAACAAUAUGGUGACACUAAAUGUCCUAAUCAGCAGUAACUCUGCUCCACCAUCUCCUGCCAGAUCACAAUCGAAAUCUUGUUAACUAUACAUUCCUUUUUCAUGUUGCUAUAAGGUUUUGAUAAAUGUGAGUAACUUUAAACACUAUAUUUUUAUUUAUAUAAUAUGACCAAUGUGUAUAUGUUGAUAAAAUGCACACUCCAGACUUGAACAGCAUGUUCAAUAAUGAACUAGUUUUGAAUGAACAAAUCAUUUGCAUAGAUCAAGCAGAUUGAAGCCAUUUAAGUAAUCCCUCCCAUCAACGAAUAACAAAUUAAAAGGUGAGAUAUAUUUAGGUAAACAAAAAAAUGUGCUGUUUAAGUCUAAUUAGACCAUUUUCAAGUCUUGUCAACAGGAUAUUGUUCAAACAAAAAGCGUCACGUUAUCUCAACACAUGGACGACACCUGAUGGCGAUUUUUUGUUGUUAAUAAAAUAUCAGAUACUCAUGAAUACAAAAUUACAACAAGAUCGGAGCUGCUUGGUCCUUUCAUUAAUUUUUCUGUGGUUUUGAAGCACCAAAAUAUUUUUAACAAUAAACUUAAAAAGAGCGCAAUUAAUCAAUUUAUUGCUUAAAACUACAAAAUAAAGAAAUUGUUACUACACAAACUUCCAAAUUGAGAAAUGAAAUUGUAUUACCGUCAGUUGUCGCUGAUUUAAUUUUUGUGUUGAAAUAAUUUGUCUGAUAUCACCUCCGAAGAUUUCUUUGUUUAUAAUCGUCUGUUUGAAAAAAAUCAGUAAAGAACUGUAUUCUGUUGGCAUGCCCUAUUCAAAGAAGGGUAACGUAUAUUGGUUAUACAACUAUAUUUUUUAUUCUGUAUAUGAUAUAAAUAUGUGAUGUUAAAAAUGUGAUUUAAUUUUUAUGUAAAAAAGACAAAUCAUUUAAUGUUAGUCAAUUAUAAAAGAUUAAAAAAUUAUACUGAACAUAAAAUGCCCAAUUUUAAUGAAAUUUAUAUAUAAAAUCCGUUUACACUGUUCAAAUAGAAAAAACAUGCAUUCUUUAACACAUACCGAAACAUCGCAGUUUGUCCCAUAAAAAUUUGUAUGAACCAUUUUGUAGUCAUCUUCAUCUGCGAAGUGUUAAAAUGUUACCAUGCAUUUAAAUUUGAACGGUGUCUUUGUACUACAAGAGUUUUCUAACGUUUUUCUCUAAUAAGCAUUUGGUAAAAAAAUGUCACCUAGUCAGCCCUUUUUGACAAAUUCUUGUAGUAUUUUGUUAAAAAAGACCUUAAAAUAAAAUUCAUUUAAAGCGGGAACAAAUUCCAGUUAUUUAUUUUACACAAAAUCACGUUGUGAUUUUGUUAAGUGUAAUGAAACGCCCUACUCGGAUCAAAAAGCUGUUCCAGAAAAGACGCUUGCCCACUUCUAAUAGCACUACGAAUAUUUUUAAUAGAGUACAGCUUUUUGAACAAUACAUACCACUUUACUAACAAAGGUAAAUCUCAAACAGCUAUUUCAGUUGUGAGUUGCACUCAUAUUGUUGUCUCUAUGGGUUGUAUUUAUGUGUAUUUAGUCAUUCCAUAAUUUGUGCAUAUUAUACCACAAGAAUAGUUCGCAAAUUAUGUUCUAGGCUUCCUUGAAAUAUGAUGUAAUUAAAUUUGUAGCCGUUAUACACAUUUUGUGGACCAACUGUUCUUUUUUAUUUGAAGGAAAUAAAAAAUGUUGACGUCCA